CUCUCCUACCUCCUCUCCUGCCUCCUCUCCAUCCUCUGCAAAGUGAAACCGCUGACUCUCGGUCAUCUUUUUGCGUGCGUGUACGUGUGCGAGCUUCUCUCUGACACACCAUCAUGUAGCCACCGUAGCGCUGACAGCACAGCUCCAUCCAUGUCAUCUUUCUGAACAGCGACUCUUUGGUCCUCCGGUCCGGUCGUAACAUAACCGUCCUGUCCUCCGUGCGCCAUGCUGCAGAUCGGAGAUGAAGUUGUGCAUUUCUCGGCGGUUUUUCUGCUGGUGAUGGUCGUGACGAGGAGCGCUACGGGGGCCUCCCUGUUCACCGCGUUCCUCUACGUCUUUAUGGUGAUGUUCCGGUUUCCUCCGGUACCAGCAGACCAGGCCAGGCGCGUCCUGCGGCCCAGGGCUCCUUCAGGCGGCGUGCCGGUGGUGGCUCACCGCGGAGGCAGCCACGACGCCCCGGAGAACACCUUGGCCGCGAUCAGAGCUGCCAGUAAGAACAGAGCAACUGGAGUGGAGCUGGACCUGAGUUUCACAGCUGAUGGUGUGGCGAUACUGAUGCACGACGAGACUGUGGAUCGUACCACCAACGGCUCUGGAGCAGUUGGCAAACUGCAGUUUGUCCAGCUAAAGAGACUAGAUGCUGCUGCUCGACACAGGCUAAAGGACAAGUUCAGUGGAGAGACGGUACCAACUCUGCAGGAGGCAGUGGAGGAGUGCAUCAGACACCAGCUGAUCAUCUUCUUUGAUGUCAGAGGUCAACCUGAUAAGGCUGCAUCAGUGCUUCAUGAGAUGUAUGAGAGGUUCCCUGUUCUUUACAAUUCCAGUAUUGUUUCCUCUUUUGAACCCAAAGUCAUCUACAAGAUGCGUCAGACUGACCCCAAAGUAGUCACGGCUCUCACCCACCGGCCCUGGAGACUGAGCCAUUUUGGCGAUGGGACUCCUCGCACCCUGUCAAUGCGGGAUCAGCUGUGGACAGGUCUUCUGGACAUCUUGUUGGACUGGGCCCACCACCACAUACUGUGGAAACUCUGUGGAGUCUCUGCCAUCCUAGUGCACAAGGACUUCAUCUCCCUGGACUAUGUUCACUACUGGGCAGAGCGAGGUGUGGAGGUUGUGGGCUGGACUGUUAACACCGCCGUGGAAAAAAACUACUACCAAAACCUGCUGAAGAUUGGCUACAUCACCGACAGUCUCCUAGAAGACUGUGAGCCUCAUUACUGAAUCCUCGCACACAGCAUUUCAAGACAUAUGAAGGUGAUUAAAGGCUCAAAGAAAAUAUUUCACAGCUUCCAAAGGAACAAAUUACCAGUUGGAAUCUGUUAUUAACCAGAAAAUUAAAAAUAUACCUGAUUCAUUAUAAUAUUUAAAAAUUUCUUGACUUCAUGAAAAAACUGAAAAUGCUGAAAUAUGCACAGUAGAUGAAAUUCAAAUUAAGAAGCAAGUGAGAGAGGAACUUGGUGCUAACUAGCUUUGUAGUGGCAACUGAACAUCACAAGCUUUACAGAAGUACAUGUAUGAUUUACUGUAUUGGUAAGUAUAUACAUCCCCAUCUAUCAUACAGCUUAUGUCCCUUUAAAUCUACAGUCCCACUAAACCUUGAAGGCUCGACUGUAUACUUCCUUGUUCUUAUCAUACCUCCAACUCUCCUGCAGCAGGACCAAGGAUCACACUACUCUCCUACCCUCUGCACUGAUCUUUAAGAGGCUUUGUUACAAACAGACACCAUUAGACACAGUGACAUCACACCAACACCAGCUGUCAUGACAUUUAUUUAAUAAUAGAAAAUGUCUUGUGAAUGUUCUACAGCUUGAUAUGAUGACAUUUUUGUCAUCAAGUGCCACAAGUAGACAAGACAUUUUAACUGUAAGAUAAAUGUCACAAUACUUUAGGGAAAGUAACUCAGCAAUACGUGUCUGACUUGUUUGAUACUUGCAUUAUGAAUUAUUACUAGAGAAGGAGAACUUGUUUUGUGAUCAGGGCUACAGGCAGGCCUUUCAAAACUGUGGUCUUCAAUCCAGAUUCCUACAGCGCUGCCCCACCUGCAAAACAAAUGUUUGGCUCAACAUUAAAAACCCACAAACGUCACAUGACAUUUGUUCAUUUAAGGUUAUGUAAUGAUUCAAAUGCUGCUUUGAAUAAUUCUCCACAGUGCUAGGAACAUGUAGAGGCAUAAAUACAGAUUUCCUUGAUUUUAUUUUUAUGAGAUAGUGAAUGUGCUGAAUAUCUGAAUCUGCUUUAAAAAAAGUCAACCAUGUGUAAUUUGUAAGUGUAGAAUGUCAAUUUCCAGAAAAGACAGAGGAUGUGAUAUUGUCCUCAGUCAUAGUUGACUUAUCCCUUUGUGUGUGUAUGUUUUAAUUAGUUAUUUAAAGAGUUCUUGUAGGCAAAAGGCUUAACAGCUUGUUACCAUCAUUUUUUUUUUAAAUGAUCUUGGAUUUCUUUUUCUCUUAUUUCCAGUAGGGUUAAAUCAUAAUUGGGUCACUUAUCAAUCUAUUUCAUCUUCAUUGGCUGAAAUAAGUUUUUAUAAUGUAAACACCAAGUGAGUAAUGAUCUUUUUAAAUAGUAUAUGGGAAUGUCCUUUGCACACUUUCUGUUAAUGGCCAGCUGGGUGUCUUUGCGAUUUCACUGUUUAAUUUAGACACAGUCACCACAGAGUAAAGCAUGAAUGCCUUGUAAACAGAGUUGUGGGUGUAUGACUUCUCCUUUGUGUACUGUAAACACAGAAACGUUGGGUACUGUAAUAUUGUAGGAGUUACAUAGAAGAGCAGACAAAUGACCCCUCUUUGAAUAAAUUCUUGAACAAAUCCUCUUAGAGGGUUUUAUUUAUUUACUUCAUGCUACACCAAACAGUGGAGUGAGUGCAGAAGGGGAAAUC